CGUCCCGUCCCGCGGGGACGCGCCCGGUGCGCGCGGCGGCGGCGGCAUGAAGAGGAGAGCGGGGGAGCGGGAGAGAGAGCUGAAGAAAAAAAAGCUUCUUGAACAACUUGGAGAGAACACACUUCCAUAUAUGACACCAGCCGAUGCUGAUUUCCAUCAGUUGUGGGAGACCAAAUAUUCCAAGCUGAUUUUCAGAAAAUCUGAUACAGUACCUGAAGAGCUCCAUCAAAUGGUACAAGAAGGCUUUCAGACCUUGCGAAAGCACGAUUGUUUCUUUCAAGAUCUUGUAAGGAUCAAAGGAAAAGAUUUUCUUACCCCAGUGUCUCGUAUAUUAAUUGGAAACCCAGGAUGCACUUACAAGUACUUGAACACAAGAUUAUUUACAGUCCCUUGGCCUACUGAAGGUUGUGAUAUAAGAUAUUGCAGUCCUCAAAUACAUGAUGCUUGUAAAGCCUUAAUCAGACUUAACAACUACUUGCAUGUUGAAGCAAUCAAGGCAUUACAAGAACAAAAUUUGUCUGAGACCAAAGAAAUUAAAACUAAAGAUGCCACUGUAACAGAUGAGGAGCAAAAUUUUGCAACUUCUUUUAUGGAGAAAGGGUCUAUUUCAAAAGAUCAAAGCAGUUGUGUACCAGAGGAUGACUACGUAAGUCUAAAGAACAGAACAUCUUAUAACUUGACUUUAUUGAAUUAUAUGGAUCCACUACAAAUGCUGUACUUGAAACAAGAACCUUAUUUUGGAAUGGGGAACAUGGCAGUGAGCUGGCACCAUGAUGAAAAUCUGGUUGAAAGGUCCACGGUUGCUGUAUACAGUUACAGCUGUGAAGGUUCAGCCAUGGAAGAAAGUAAUGAACAGAAAUUGAAGGGAAGAGACCCAGCUGUUUGGCAUGUUGGCUUGAAGGUAGCAUGGGACAUAGAGACACCUGGAUUAGCAAUACCACUUCACCAGGGAGACUUCUACCUGAUGCUUGAUGAUCUCAACAUGACACAUCAACACUGUGUUCUGGCUGGUUUUUCACCUCGUUUCAGCUCAACUCACAGAGUUGCAGAUUGUUCAAGAGGAACAUUGGAAUACAUUUUCAGACAAUGUGAACUGGCACUCCAGAAUUUACAGACUGAUUCUGAUUCAAUGGCUUUAUCUUUGAAAUCACUGGAAACUGCAGUUAUUAAGCAAGUGGAAGAAAUACAUAAUGAGGUUGAAUUUGAGUGGCUUAGACAGUUUUGGUUUCAAGGCAAGCGGUAUUUGAAGUGCACUGAUUGGUGGCUUAAGCCUAUGGCUAAGUUGGAAGAAUUUUGGAGAAAAAUGGAGAUUAUGACAAGCCUGGUCCUCUCUGAAGUUAGAAAAGAGAAACAAACUGAGGAACAAAGGAAUGAAACCAUCAGCUGCUUCUUGAUAGUUCUUACUGAGCGACAAAAGCUGCGUCAAGUAUGGACAGCAAGAUGCCAGUCAGAAGCAGCAGAGACCUUGCCAGAAGACCAGAAACCAGAAUGCCAUCCCUUCUGGACAGAUGAUGAUUGUAACAUGCCUCUGCCAUAUGAUCUUGAAGAAAUAAUUGCUUAUCUACAAAAGCUUGUUCAGUGGUAGAAUAACAGGUGACCUUCCAGCCUAGAAUUAUUGAUGUUCAUCCUUUGAGCAUUUUAGUUUAACAUAAAUCUUUUCAGCUUUAUAAUUUCUUGAUCAUGUGUUAUUUAAUGUGUCAAUUGCAGAUUUUACUGGACAUCACACAGUACCUUAGUCACUGUGUCAAGAUAAAAAAGACCAGGACCCUAAUCUACAGAAAAAGGUGGCUUUUAAGAGCUAAAGCCAGAGCACCACCCUCAGUUCUUUCCUCCUCCACUCUAAAUCCCAUUAACCCUAUCACCCAUAGUUAUCUUGUGUUUCCACAAGUUCCCUUGAUGUUUAAAUUUCAGCUUCCUUGAGUGUCUAGAACUGCCUCUGGUUUGGCAGGUUUGAGCAACAUAAGGCUUAGCCCACACCUGCCACAAAGCAGAAUCCAUGAGCUGGGCAUCCAAAUGAGAGACCCGCUUGGGGUGAGCCUGCUGGAUAUCUCCAGGAUGGAGCUGUGCACACAGUACAGUGACUUCUUCAUCCACUAAAACAGAGGUACAAGAGAUGGUGGAGAAAGUCGUUUAUGCAGUGCCUUCUUGGGUUAGAGUCUUUUUUCAGAUGAGGAGCAUCCUGACAUAGCUCCCAGAUGUUCUUGCUGGUUUUCAUCAUGGCAAUUGAGUAGUACUGGGAGAGAUGUCCAGUGUAAAUCUACUUCCUGAGCUCCCUGGAACUCAGAAUUGUACCACUGCUUUGUUUCUGCAUGCUGUGAAUCCUGUUCUGAGGCCAGGUUUCCCUGUGCAUUGUCUAAAAAGCUGAUGAACCUAAGAGUUUUCAUUUGGGGUGUCAGGUCCCCUGACAAUAGAUUUAAGUUGUGUGAUGCUGGAUAUUGCAACAUCUGUGUUGACCUAGUAAGAUCUAUGAGAACAAAACCAGAAGACUAUCAGAAGUCACACUGUUUGUGGUCUGUUUUGCAAUAACAUGCUAUAAAAAGGACAAUUCUGUGUUGGACCAUACAGGGCGCUCCUGAACGAGAGUUUUUUCAUUUGGCUAAGUUGUUGUUUUAACUUGAACUGGUGUAUGCCUUUUCCUUUGCCAUAAAAAGCAGAAGAAAAUUAUAUUCUGGUGAAACAGCACUCUCUGUUACCAUACAAAAGAAACCAGCAAGUCUCAGAGCUUGACUUUGCUACCGAGAAAUGAAUAUGCCUCCUGUGUUAAUCUUCUGUUAAAAGUCAGUGCUGAGGCCAGGCCUACCCAGAGCACACCAGUGUAGUGUGUUGGCCAAGUGCUCUGUGUGUGGGUGAGGCUUGGACUGUCCAAAACUCUAUUUUUGACUGUAUGACAUAUGCCAGACCUCCCUGGAGCUUAAGAAGCUGUGCCAGCAAAAAAAUCAGUUUUAGUGGUACAAAACUGUGUUCACACCUACCAGCUUUUGCCAGGACAAUUCCAUCAAGUAGAGAUUGUACCUCUUAACACCUUUGACACAGCUUUGCCAGCAAAAGUAAAAAGACCCUCAUCAAGCAUUUUCAUUGGAGUCCUGGACUUCUGCUAAAACUGUUAGCCACCCUGUAGAACAUAAAGACUCUCUGAAGAAUAAAUUACUAGUAGCUUUGGUUAUAUUGUAACAUAGAUCCACACGUUUAUUUGUUGUCUUAUGUGCACAGAUUUCUUAACAUUUUGAAAUACUGUGCUAUGGGCAUAGCUUUUUUUUUCCUGUACUAGCUAAAGCUGCCAUUACCAGUAGGCAAAUAGCAUAUAUUUGGAUUAAUGCCACACUAAAUAUUGUUUACUUUGGAGAUCACUUAGAGAAAAGCUAGCUGAAGAUGUGGGAAUUCUGCUUUUGAAAAGGCAAUUCUCUCAGAAACAGAUAGUACUUUGGAAAUGAGCAAGAUGAAUUCAAACAAGCUAAUGAUGUAACUCUGUUAACACAGCGUUUGAGGGGAUUGUUUGUUUGUUUAUGCUGUUGCUUUAUGAUUAUUUUGUGUUUAAUUAAGCGCUGCUAGAAACCAUGGGGAUCACAGUAUUGAAAUGAAUCUGACAGCCAUAAAGGGUAGAGAAGGCACAUCAAUGUUGUAGUUUGUAGCUAAAGUGGAGGCAUAGCUAUUAAAAAAUGAUUGGCAAAUAAUUAUUUCCAGCACUAGUGAAAAAAAACACUGGGUUUUUUCUUCUAUUAGCAGACUGCUGGCAGCAAUAAUAGAAUUCUGGAAAAUACAUGUUUCUAGGUCUUGUCUGUGCUGAGGAUUUAAGCUAGUGAAUUAGCUGAGCUACUGGUAGCCUCAGUGUAGUCAGAUAGCACUCGUUUAAGCCAUGGGUGACAAUGACAUAGACAAAUGAACACCUUUGGAAUGGAUCAGACCUAAGAUUCACUGGCAAAAUACCAAUAAUCAAGUGGUUAAAGAGGAUUAAUGCUCUGUGUUGUAUUCCAGUCUCACAUCAACUUGAUUGAGUUCAGUUGAAAUACAGAAGUAUAAGAAGGUUUCAUAUCUCCAAAGCCCACAGGAGUUGAUAGCAAAGACAUGAAUAAGGUUGAUGGAACUAUUUGAAGCAUGUAGUAAUGCCAAAGGAUACCCCCAGAGAACAACACAGUUAAAUAUCUGUGUACAAAAAAUUAGAGAUCAGGUAUAAAUUAUUACUGUAUUUGGACUGCAUGCUAGAAGCAGACAAAUACUUUGAAGUUUUAUUUAUUGUAUUCAAAUAGUUAUAAUUUAACUCAUGUUGCAAUGAUACUUUAGCAAUCCAUUUAUAUUCCAGCAUUAGAUAACCCAUUACCACUUUGGAUGAGCUGCAAAACACAGCCUCUAAUGGAUGUUCUGUGUAUAGCAACUGUUUGCCAAGUCUGGAUGCUCUAGAGGCAGGAGGACCAAGGGCAGUUAUUUCAGGGAAGAGGUGAGAGCAUAAAUUAACUUCUAACAUUAGAUUCAGUGAUUCUUUUUAAAUGGUGAAGUUCAUGACUUUGCUUACAUUUACUUUUCAUCAGCCAUGAAAGAAUUAAGGUAAAAUAGUUCACUUGCACAUGUGUGUCAAGCUAAAUGGAUUACAGAAGAUACAGAUCUGUUUGCCUGUCUGCACUUGCCUUUAGACAAUAUUCAUCAAUUUUACAAAAGCUACUGACUAAACAUGGAACCAAUACAAAUUAAAUGCUCACGGGAAGGGCUUUCUUUAAAAAAUCUGAUGCAGAGUUGGUUUUACACUGAUAGGAAGAAAAUGUUGGCAGAAAAUGAAAAACUUCUAUUGUGUCUGUCAUUUGGGGGAUGAAAGGUAAAGGUAGUAUUACAAUAUUUGAUAGAAAUCUGCCGUAUUAUGCCCUGUAAUUAAAAAUGUUUUUAUAAUGCUUCAUUCAUAUAUCUGUAUAUGAAAAUAUUUUAUCCUAUAGGUCCUUUCUUCUGGUAAAAGGUUAUGUAAAUAAAAAACAUGACUCACAAUAUGGUAGAUUUUUAAAGGCAUCAUGCUUGUACUCUGAGCUUUACAGCAGAUUCUAAUUACCUAAAGUGUAAAUAAGAAUGCUAUGACUGAUCACUGACUCGAAACUGUCCAGGAUGGGUAACAUGCAACAUAAUAGCUAUCCAAAUCUUAUUAUCAUCCAGAUGUAUUUUUAGUUUCACUGGUAAUGGUGUAAGAUGCACUGCAAAGUCAUUCUGGACUUCUGAAGGCAGUGGCACAGAUUUAGGGAUUCCAGUGCCAUAAAAACAGGGGAGAAAAAGAAAUUUAAAUAAUACUAAAAUCCACUGAGAAAGAUGGCUAAAAUAUUGUAAUAUGUUCUCCCUUGUUGCAGUGCAGAUCCAUCUGUCCUGUGUCAUGCAGUGGAAUCUGGGCUAAUGUGACAGAGAUUAAACUAGCCAGGGAGCUGAUCUCUGAGCUGGGAUGAGAGGCGAGUAAGAGAGAUGAGAUGCACAUGAGGUGCAAGGGAUGUGCUUUCUCCAGGCCACAACUUUAUUAACUUAACUCAUAUGGGAGUAAUUGAGCAGUAACAUGUACAGUGCAGGUCAGGAUCUCUCCUUUAAUUGUUACCACCUGGUGCAAAGUUAAUGUUGGCUCCUUAACCCCCCUCAUGCCCCCUACAGCUGGUCCUCAGCUUUUUGCCAGAAGCUGACCACUGUCAUCAUGCACCAAGGUUACAAAGAUGGGAAGAACAGUUGUUCCACUAAAGCUGUAGGCAUGAGAAACCCUGGUCCCCAACUUCACCCUCCACCUCUGUCCUACUGCACCUCCAUGGACUGAGUAACUCCACUGAACACCUGUUUCCCAUCUGAGAUUCAAGUUGCUGCAGCUCAUCUUCUCAACUCUCCCACCAUGACAGUGUGCUACUAUGGGAAAGGGUCAGACAAAUAAACAGAACACUGUUUGCAGUGAGAUUCCUUGUCCAAAAAAAGACAACCACUGCAUUCCCCACAGCAGAGUGAAAAGCUCAGCCCUACACAAAUCUGGCAUUAGAGGGUGGGAGCUGUUAAGUAGUGAUGAAGGACUUCAGCAGAAACACCAACAUUCAGUGUUUCUGAGGAAUCCCAACCUGCCAGGUUCUGUCUGUCACCUCACGCCACUUCUAAGGGCAGAGGCAAUCCCAAAUAGAAGCACUGUUCUCUUCCCUUUCCAGUCCAAACUGAGACUCAUAACCUUCAGUGUGGCUAGGCUUGCAUCUUCAUUUACUUUCAUCUGUCCUUUCACCUUAGCCUGGGGGCAUUCACUGAACAAGAGAAGAUAAUUGCAAAAAGACUGUACUUAGUAAGGCUGCAAAACUGGCUGGAUAGAAUGUCAAAUAAAAGCCAGCAAAUAACUGAUGAAAUUAGCACAUUAAAAUGCUGAUGUUUGAGUGUAAGUACUUCACACAUGACAUGAAAACUAUGGUUUAUCUUCUUGUUGCUUUGGAGAUAGCAUUCAUAAUAGAAAAUAGAUAAAAAAGGAUGCACUGUGCUAUGGUUUACACCCUCUCAUACUCCACUGGUUUUACAGUGCUUGUCCAUGGUGAAUCAGAAUUUGGUCACAAAAAUUCUUCUUCUCCUCCCCCUCCGUAUCAUCAAAUACUUGCAUUCAUGCCAACACAUCUUGGUCUGAUUAGUCCCCUUGAUUAGAGGCUAAAGUAAAAAGUCAGGUGUAUAGGAUUCCAUUAUCCUUUAUUUCACUGCUUCUAAGAACAGGUCAGAUAGAGUUAUUUCAGUGAAAAUGUGAACAAUCAACUUCUGUUUACCAUUAACCUUCAGUUUUCUUUUCUUAAAAUCAAAUCAGGGCUUGGUAGGCAGUUAUUUUCAUACAUGUCCCUUGAUCACUGGAACAAUCUGUCAAAAGCCAUUAAAGCCUCUUUUAGGUUGAACUGCAUUCAAAGCUGAACUAUCCAAUCAUUUAAAGGGCUGUGAUGAUUGUUUUUAAUAUAUAGUGUACAUUUAUUUCUCUCUCUGAGUAGUAACAUAACUUUGAAAUUGAACAUGUAUGACUAGGGCUUUUUGCUGGCCUGCAUGUCUUGAGAAGUUUGGUUUCUUCUGGAAGAUCAAUGUCUACAUAAAAAAGGAAAAAAAAAAACACAACCACUAAUGCAGUGACAUCACCUGUAUGUUCUUAGAAGCAUGUCCUCAUUUUUUCCUAUUUCAUUGUAUCCAGCAAGGUGUAACACAUGAAAUAGGAAGAAGUUUUCCAAGUUCUUUUGCUCAAAAGCUUCACUGAAAAAAUUUAACAUCUAAUUGUAAAUUAAUCUAAUUAGGUUAACAUCUGAUUUUAAACUUAAGAUCUCAGGAUGCUUUACACAGAGAAACUGAGGCAGAGGUGAAAAGUCCAGCUGGGUUUCCACUGCUGACACUAGACCCCAGCAUAAAUAACCCUCUAUUGCUGGCAUGACUCCAUUACUUCCAGUUAAUCAGCUCAGGUUACAGAUUAAAGAUGCUCUUUAUAGAACUUUUUUUUCUCCAAAGAUGUAUCUGAAAGUGGAGCUGGAAUCUGUCCUCCUGGUGUCAUAUUUAAUGUAUUAUUUAAUUGCGUAGCACACAAUCAUACAUCUCAUGUAACAGAGACCUUUCAGGCCUAAUGUUUGGUUAAACUUUCCAAUCAAUCUUUUAGUUACAUUCCAAGUCCCUGAGCUCUCAAUGGGAAAGGUAAAUUUUAUUGGAACUAUUAAAUUAUUCCAUGGAGGAUAUGCAGAUGUGCAAUAUAUAAGACAAUAUAAUACAAUCCACGCUCUUUUGGCUCUAUUUUUAAGGAUGUCCACUGCACACCUCACAAGGUGAUAUAACUGCUGUACUAGGAAACUCUUAGGACAAUCUCCUGUCAGUAUUUGGGUGCUAUUUAUUAAGGUGAAGAUGCAUUGCUGGAACACCCUGGAAUGCUGGCUGCACACCUGUAGGCACUUUUGUCUGGUAUCUAUUUGGCAGUCUGGUAGUACUUUACUGAGAGCACUACUUUUCUAGUUAUUUUGAUGAACAUCGUAAUAAUUUAUUACCCAAACAUUAUCAAAGCAUUCCACAAUUCUUUCAUUGCUGUUCUUUCUCUUCUUUCAACCAAUGCCCUUUCCCUUUUGUCUCAGCAGUUAACAGUAAUGUUGUUAACAAAUUGUGUUAUUUGUUAGGCUGACAUGACUGUAAAGUGGGAAAACUUAAAAGCUAGGUAUCAAAUAGCAUUCUCUCAGGUAUAGUUAUUUUUAAACCUGUAUAUUAAGAUUUUUUUUCCUUGCUUAUCUGGUAUUGCUACAUGUAAUUUUUCUUAAGGAAUAUUUAUAUAACACUGCAAGAUAUAUGGUGAUAUUUGUGUUAUCUAUUUGCUCAUUUACUGACAUUUAUAAAAUAAACCACUUAAAGAA